AUGAUCGUGGCGCCCGUCGCCGUCUUCUGCGCGCGGCCCUUCCUGAGCGCGCGCGGCGGCUUCCUGCUGUCGAGCGCCGCGGUCGAGGCCAAGGGCGCCGCGCUGUUUCUUGGUAUACUGGCUCUGGUAUUGCUCUGGCGCGUGGCGCUGCGGGACCCGGGCAUCAUCCCGCGGCGGGCCUGGGCCGCGCGGUACCGCGAGGACGCCGCGCCGGGCUACGCGCCGCUGCUGCCGCCGGGCUGGCGCAAGUUCCACGACGACGAGACGGGCCUGCCGUACUUCUUCAACGAGGCCGACGGCGAGACGGCCUGGGAGAUCCCCCAGUGGUGCGCGACCUGCGCCGUGCCCCGGCCGCCGCGGUCGAAGCACUGCGCGACGUGCGACAACUGCGUCGAGCGCUUCGACCACCACUGCCCCUGGGUCGGCACGUGCAUCGGC